AUGACCAACUGUGUAGUAGUAUUGUUGCUGAUAGGACUCUGCUUUGGGUUUACAGAGGCAGGGUGUAAACACGACGGGGAAACUAUCGAAGAAGGAACCAGGUUUGAUAUUGACUGUAAUAACUGUAUCUGUGGUAAAGCGGGUGCAAUAGCUUGCACUAAAAUCAGCUGCAAUAAUCCUAUCCUUUUGACUCGUCUUAGAGAUCUGAGCGCUGGUGGAUGUAAAUAUAAUGGUAAAUUUUACGUUAUUGGACAACUCUUCAAGAAACAAUGUGAUACCUGUGUAUGUUUAGAGAAAGGACCAGCUUGCUAUAAGAGUGGCUGUCGAUCUUAA